UGCCUCCACCUCCCUCCCUGAUAGAAGAGGAGAAAGAAGAAGAAGAUUCUAGAAGUCACCAGAGAGAUCACUGAGCUGCUGACAGGAGAGGUUCCUAUUUAAGGUGUCAGGGUGUCACUGUCUAUUUCUCCAUGGAGGAGUGGGACAGUAUUUAGAAGGGACACAAGGACCUCUACAAGGACGUCAUGAUGGACAAUCAGCCGCCCCUCACAUCACCGGAUGGAAUAUCAGUCAAUGGGAAAUUCUCCCACCAGAGAGAUGUGUCCCCGUCCUCUGUAUCAUUGUGUUCUGGGAUUCCACACAGGAUGGGUCACACCAUCCCUCACCAUCAUCAGUGUGGAAAACCUGAGAGAUCCUAAAGUUGAGGUUAAAGAAGAGAUAAAAGAGGAGGAGGAUGAGGAUGCGGGGAUGGAGGAAUCUGUACCAGGACACCAUGUGAGUCAAUCCAGCUACAGGAACCCACCAGAGAGAUGUCCCCGGUCCUCUGUAUUCCCGGAUUCCACACAGGGAAGGUUCACACCAUCCCUCACCAUCAUUCAGAGUUUGGAAUCCUCGGGGGAUGAUAAUAUUGAUGUUAAAAGAAGAGAUAUAAGAGGGGGGAUGAGGAGUAUGGAGUGAUGGAGGAGAGUUUUCAGAAGGACACAAGGAUAUGAUGGAGCCACCUAAUACCAGGAACCCACCAGAGAGAUGUCCCCGUCCUCUGUAUUCCCGGGAUUCCACACAGGAAGGUCACACCAUCCCUCACUAUACAAGGUUGGUGGAU